AUGGAUAGAACAGAACAAGAAAAUUGGUGCGAUAUAUUCAAAAAAGCUAAGGCAAAGAGAAUGCAUGUUCCAAUGUGCAGUUGCAACAAUCAACUUUUAGAUGAGGAUCGAAAUCAAUUGCUUAUUAUGCUUAAUGAAGAAUUACUUAGUGAACUGUUUCAUAUCAUACAAAUCAAUCCAAUAACUAACUUAGCUGAGCUAGGAAGGAUUUAUAGACAAGAGAUAAGAAGAAUAUUAGACAUUCCAGAGUCAUCAUAUUCUUUUCGUAAUUAUUCUACACGUAAAAGAUAUGAUGUUCUGAGGGACAAUCAAGAGAACAUUCCUAAGGCAAAGUCAAAUCUACGACCACGAUUAAAAUCAUCAAAGCCUUGCAAAAAUGAAAACAGUAAAAAAAGAUAUACAGAGAGUUAUCUAGUCUUUGGCUCUCUAUUUGGUAUUAGUCCACCCUUGUCAAGUGACGAUUUUUUGACAGUUUUUCUUGAACAAAAUUCUGAUGUUUUGGAGGAGCGAGAAAAAAUGCUCGUUCAUUAUAUUCAACUAAAUGAUGUAGUAAAGACAAGAGGAAAUCCAAUAAAUGGCCCCAGAAAAGAAGAUAUCGGAAUGUAUAAUAGAAAGAUAUUUGAAACUUACUCAAGGAAAGGUAAUGGCAUAGCUCAGGAUCAAUUGGUUGUGAAUGUAAAAUUUUUUCCUAAGUAUAAUAAUUAUAUUGGCCAUGAUUUAAUACUCACUUCAGAUUUUGUCCAACUUUAUAAAUUUAAUGGUUCAAGUAAACAAAGACUUGAGCAAAGUCUGUUUAUAGUUCAUCAAAGGGAUUCAAAGAAAAAAUGUACCAUUUUCCAUUCUGAUAAAAUCAUUUUUAAUAAACUCGAAAAAGAACAAUUCAAAUACGCCUUAAGUAAAUGUAAAAGAAGUAUCAACAUCCUUCAUUUUGAAACAUUUACAUUGUAUAGUGCCGAAUUUUUAUGUGAAAAUGCAGCGAUCCGUGUGUUUAAUUCAUUUUUUAGCAAAAAUGAAUAA